CGUCACACAGGACUCAACCACGCCGCUGGUGAAUUUGGGUUUCCGGUUCUGAUCGUUUACAGUCAAAGCAAAAGGCUUCAUGGCAAUACUGUAAAUAUUUACAAACUGAGAGUGGCCUCCGGUUUGUUUUUCGGUUGCCGUUACCCUCCGAUUAACCAAAAAUCAGUGGAGGAAGCACACUGCGUGUGUGAGUGGAUCAUGCCGAGUGGAGCAGUGUUGUGUUAGUAGAGUCAAAAUGGCGUCUGCUGCUUGCCCACUCAACAAUCGUUUAAUCCAUUUGUGAUUACACUAGUGUCAUAACAACAUCCAGACAACCUGCGACGGUGUUUUUAUUCUUCUAGUGUUUUCCUUUUUUGUUUUGCACGCUGAUAAAGUCGGAGAACAUUUCAGCGUCAUGUCGGACUCGGAGGAGGACAGCCAGGACAGGCAGCUUAAAAUUGUAGUGGUUGGAGACGGUGCUUGUGGGAAGACAUCACUCGCCACCAGGUUUGCACAGGAGGCUUUUGGGAAGCAGUACAAACAAACCAUCGGCCUGGAUUUCUUUCUGAAAAGAAUAAGCCUUCCAGGAAACUUAAACGUGACCCUGCAGGUGUGGGAUAUCGGAGGCCAAACGAUAGGAGGAAAAAUGCUGGAUAAAUAUGUAUACGGAGCUCAUGGGGUUCUCCUGGUUUACGAUAUCACCAACUACCAGAGCUUUGAGAAUCUGGAGGAUUGGUUCAGCUUGGUGAAGAAGGCCAACGAGGAAAAUGACAUCCAGCCGGUGGUCUCCCUGAUUGGGAACAAAGUCGACCUGGAGCACAUGAGGACAGUGAAGGCUGACAAACACCAGCGUUUCUGCCAAGAGAACAGCCUCAUCAGUCAGUUCGUAUCUGCCAAGACAGGGGAUUCAGUGUUCCUUUGUUUCCAGAGAGUGGCUGCUGAGAUUCUUGGUGUAAAGCUAAACAAAGCAGAAAUUGAGCAGUCCCAGAUGGUUGUGAAGGCUGAGCUGGUGGCGUACCCACAGGAUGAAGGCCCAAUUACACAAGAGAACAGCCAGCAAAGCAAAAUAUGUUCUGUUCAAUAGUUGGAAGUAUGUCUCCACAGUCGCACAGAUUUAUUUCAUCAGACCUUUGUUAUAGCUGUUAGAAACAGAGAACAGUUGCGUUGUAGUAAUUACCACAUAUAUGUAUUUUGUUCCUGUGGUUUAGAUUAGAGCUUUAAAAUAAGAAGAGAAACCCCAUAAUUACACCUCCUAACUGUGGAAGUAUAUUGCUAAACUGUCUUAUGAACCCCAGUUAUAUCUGUGGAUGUUGAUCCCUCUAUAUAUAUAUAUACAACAAAAAAAUCAUAUUUUAAUGUUU